AUGAGCGAGCCUAGGAGCCGCGACCAGGAACACGGCGGGAGGCACGGAGGCGACCAGCGCUGGGGGCGCCUCGAGCAAUGCAAGGACCGGGGCAGCAGCUCAGCGGGUGGCGCGGCCGCGGAUUUCAAGGCCUGGGGAGGGAGAUGGCCAGAUGGGGCGGGCAGAGAGAGGGAGGCUGCAGACAGUGCAAGGACGGACGGACGGACACGCUGCUCCCCGCCCGUCUGCGCGCUCGCGCUGUUCGAGAAGACGAGCUGGGCUGGGCAGCAAAGAAGCAGAGCAGAGGAGAGGACAGUAGGGGAGUGGGAGAGCAGCGGCGGCAGUGGGAAGUGA